AUGGCUGCAAUUGGUGCUGGCAGAGAGGGUUUCUGGCUUUCAUCGAAGUGCAGGGGUUUUGAGACAUGCUCAAAGCGGGCCGGCGUCAUUCCAAAGCAAAGCAAAGCAACGCAAAGCAAAGCAAAGCAAAGCAAAGCAAAGCAACGCAAAGCAAAGCAAAGCAAAGCAAAGCAAAGCAACGCAAAGCAAAGCAAAGCAAAGCAAAGCAAAGCAACGCAAAGCAAAGCAAAGCAAAGCAAAGCAAAGCAACGCAAAGCAAAGCAAAGCAAAGCAAAGCAAAGCAACGCAAAGCAAAGCAAAGCAAAGCAAAGCAAAGCAACGCAAAGCAAAGCAAAGCAAAGCAAAGCAAAGCAAGCAAGCACUCGCACUCACAGUCACGCACUCGUUUGUCUCGAUGAGGUUUGA